AUUCUGAUGCAAAUAUUGAUGGAUUUAAAGCACCUAUACCAGAUGAUGAUGAUAGAACUGAUGUUAUGAAUAUACAAACAAACUCAACACAAACAGAAGUACUUACACCUGUUAUAUCAAAUAAACUGAAACUAAAAUUUUACUUUCUUGAAAUUUGUGAUAAAGAAAUUGCAAAACAGAAUAACCCUUCUAUGGGUGACAUAUUUCUGAACAGAGAUUUGCAUAAUAUACAAUUUAGAGAAUAUUUUAAUCCUGUAAUGGAAUUUGAAUAUGAUAUUAAAUGUGAAGGAUGCCAAUAUGAACUACAUGAUUUUGUUUUUUGCUUAGAUUUAGAAAAAAUAAAAGUUUGUCAACUUGAUAAUGAUGAUUUAUCAGUAGCUAAAACAUUUAAUAUAGGAAAAUAUGCUUUUGUAUUUGUAAUUGAUUAUUUUAAUUGGAUGUAUCAAUUUAAAAUAAAAAGUGGUAAUGAUGAUGUGAUAAAAUUUGGAGAAACUUUCAAUUCUGAAACUGAAUUAAAAGAAGAUGGUAAUUUAGAUAAAGAAAUACAAAAUUCUAAUCUAAAUAAAAAACAAAAAAGUGAACUACAAACACUAUAUAUCAAUCAAGAAAGAAUGAUUAUUAGAUAUAAUGAAAUCAAAACUAGAAUUGAAGAAGAAACUAAAAUCAAUCGAUUAAAAGAUUUUCAAUUCUGGUAUAUGCAAAUUACUAGUAUUCAAAAUCUAACAGAUAGAUUAAAAGAAGAACUUCAAAAAAUGAGAAAAGAUAGAUUUGAUUUUUUAGUUGAUUACAUUGCAAAAUUCAAUAGAAUUCAACAAAGAAUUCAAGAUAAAACAGAAAUAGAAAGAUUAAAAGAUUUUUGGUUUUCUGAAAUUACCAAAUCUAAAUUAGAAAAUAAUGAUAAACAAAAACUUAAUGAACUCAGAGAAAAAUGUAUAAGAGAAUUAGAACAAACACAACUUGGCACAAAUAAUUUUAAUUAUAUAAGAGAUGAAAUAUGUAAUGAAAAAGAAAUACCAAAUCUAGAAGUAAAUAGACAUUGGUUUAGAGAAAUUAGAAAUAGCAGAAACUUGUCUGAAGAACAAAAAGUUGCUUUAAAUAUACAACGUGAUAAGAAAUUAAAAACAUUAUCAAAUGAAAAAUAUAAUACUUUAUUGUAUGAUGUUAUUGAAAAUGAAAUGAAAGAAGAUAAUAAUAAACAAUCAUUUGAAGAUAGUGAAAAAUAUGAUCUAUUGAUCCAAACUUUGGAAGGACCUUUUCUGGAUUCACUACAUACUAAAAAAAUAGAUAAUAUAAAUGAUGCUUUUGAAUUUUUAUUUAAUGAAAAAGGAAAAUAUAAAAACAAAGUAUCCUGUUUGAUACAAGAACUGCUUUUAAGUUACAUACAAAAAUUUCCUUAUACUGCUGAAAUUUAUAAAGAUAAUGAACAUGAUCAAUAUUUUAUUGAUAAAUCAAAUAAACAAUUCCAUUCAAUAUAUGAAAUUGAAGAUAUAGAUGAAUUUGUUAAUAACAUAAUCAAGAAAAAUUAUCUUUACAAAACAAUAAAAGAAAUAUUCGAUCAAGAAAAUGGUGUAAUAACUUUUAGUAAAAUAGUUGAACCAAAUGAUAAUGAAUGA